UCCAAGUUCGCAGUCGUUUUGAAAGCUUGGAAGUCGGAGAGUUCCGACUUCCCAUAUCCUUGAUGUUUUGAAACCAGCAUUAUUAGGGGUGUUUUCACACAUUCAUUAUUGAUCUCUUCACAGGUGGUGAGGAUUCUAUGCCACCUACGAAAUGAUAAGGAGCUUCAGGAUUAGAAAAUGCCUUCUAACCACUGUUCUAAUAUGCAUCACUGCCAUCAUUGUGUUUUAUUCUGGACAGCAAUCCUCCAAUUCAUUUGUGGAUUUUAUAAGAAAUGCCCUUCGGCCGCUGGACGGAAUCUUCUCUCCACCGCCGGAUGACGACCCAUGGUUUCAGAAGCGCUUCAUCAGAUCUAUCAAACCAUUUCUGACGAGAGAGAACAAACUAUCCAAUGAUACCAGAACGUGGUGGCGGGAAAUCCAGAAUGACAGUAGCACAGCCAAAUUCAGCGAGGUGGUGGAGAAGUUGUUCCAGGUCAUCCCUGAUGCUGACCUACACAUGGACGCGGGCCGUGAGCGCCAUGGAAGCUGUGCUGUGGUGGGGAACUCUGGGAACCUCAAGGGUUCCUACUACGGAGCCCUCAUAGACUCCAGUGACGUUGUCAUAAGAAUGAACAAGGCUCCUACCUCUGGCUAUGAGGAGGAUGUUGGGAAACGGACCACGUAUCACGUCAUGUACCCAGAGAGUGCAAUAGAUCUGGGCAAAGCCACUAGGUUCCUGUUGAUCCCUUUCAAGACUCUGGACCUUCAGUGGCUACCAGGCGCCAUGACCACUGGGUCUCACAUCACUUUGUCAUAUUUACCACUUAGACAGAAGAUAAAGGCCAACAAAGAUUUGGUAUUGGUUCUGAAUCCUGUGUUUAUGAAAUAUGUUCAUGAAACCUGGCUUGACUAUCAGGGCAAAUACCCCUCUACUGGAUUCAUUGCUGUGAUAUUAUCCCUACACAUCUGUGACAAGGUGAAUGUGUAUGGAUUUGGGAAAGACAAAGAUGGGAACUGGCACCACUACUGGGAAACCUUAGUCGAUAAAAAUCUCCAAACUGGAAUACACGAUGGAAACUACGAGUACAACGUCACCAUGAGGCUCUCGGAAAUACACAAACUACGGCUAUUUAAGGGAUUUAGUUUAUAAUUCAUAAAGGUAAUUUCCCUUACAGCUGUAUAGACACUAUAAAGAGCUUUUUAUUAAAGCGGAUUAAUCAAAUGGGUGAUAGCCUAUUGUCUACAUUGCACAGCGUUUACAUACUCAAAUACCUUCUCCUUUUAUCUGCACUACCGGUUUUGGUUUUGGACAUGAACAAUUUGGGGCCAAACUUAUGAACUGUGGCUUAGACCAUGGUUUAACCAUUGGUCUAAAAUGGCUAGCUGCUAGCUUUUCUCAUAGGCCAACCUGGUGAAAUUAGCCACGAUGCUGAGGACGGCCAGCAAAUAAUUGUAUCCAGUAACAAAUUCCGUCUCGGCCAGUUUAAAAUUGGCAUGACCCAAUGCUUUUUGUUUCACUAAUGCAUCCUUCAAUUUCAUUAAAGUCCACCGGCACGUUCUGAUACUCAAAUUAACUGCAUCACAUGCAAAAAUCUGUCUGGAUGAUUACCUCGGUGUUAGAUGCCUAGUUCCUGACAAUAUUCACCACCUGUGAUGUAAGUAUGAAUCUCCCGUGUUAUCAUUUUUCUGUUUCAACAUGUGAAUUUACAUUCAUUGUGGUAUUGUUAAGGAAACUACAGCCAUCACCUUAAAAAUGAAGCCUAAGAAUGAAUUUCAUAAAGCGUAUGUAUGCCUACGACUUCAGCCUUCACCUACACUGCUACUAGGGCAUAAUAAUAUCUCAGCAUAUGAGGCUGCAUGGAUGUGUACACUAGCCUACAUGUACGUUAGGGCUACAAUGUUUUUUAGAUCUAGCCGGUCUAUCCUACCUUGUUUUAAGUGUAAAUUGACUGGUCUGGCUAGGUUCACCAAGUGUCCAGUAAAGAGAAGCUACACCAGAAAUCCACUGAGGUGAAGCCUCCUCAUGGCUUCACUACUUAUGAAACCCAGUCAGUAAGCGACUGACUGACUGCUCUCCUAUUCUCUAACACAUGCUAUUGACUGACUGGCUUAGUCUAUAUAGACGUUCAGAUUGACAAUAGAGCCAUCUUCAUUGUCGUGGAUGUGAUAAUUGCUGGGCUAGCUUAUAUCAACACGAUAGCCUAUUGUCGGUUUAAAUAGCUAUUUAAAGCAAAAAUGAUGUCCAAAAUGGUGUUUAUAUGGGCAAGCCUAGCCUACUAUAGGUUGAAUGUUACACGUAUUCACAUCAGAUAGUGUCCUCCUAGCUAUAACCUAUUGCAUAUGGGACUUUAGUUUAGCCUACAUUUGAGAUAUUUAUUAGGUCUACACUAAUUCUUGUGUUUGAGCUGCCACAAGAUGAAAUGGUUUGAAGUUUUGAGAGGCCGACGUGCACAGUUGACCUAUGAGCAGAGUACAUCUUGUCCCACUAAGUUUUUAAAAAAAUGACAACAUUCCAGCUGACAAACACCGUGACUGCUGGUAGACAGUUUCUUUUCUUAUUUUUUUUUUCUUCUGCGGUUCAAUUGUCGUCUACAGUGUAUAAGUGCCUUUUAUUGCGGAGUGGUCCUUCAUGUCGAAGCCACUCGGCGGAGGACUGGUGAAUUCUGAUUUGCGGAGUGCGGGCACAGGUCACGUCAACAUGGAUAUCUAAUAGGUACGCAUUCUCAGGAAUUUAAAUUACGACGGGUGUUUUCACAUGUUUUUAUGUGAAAUGUUUAUUAGGCUAGACUUCUGAUAUGUUGAAAUAUAUUAAGCAUUGGCCAUUAUAACUAUGGAGAAAUAUUGUUUGUGAAGGGAAGUAUUCAUUUUAAAGAUGCACUCUCAAACGUUUGUAUAAUAUCAGACAGUUUUGAAAGUGGUGCUCAUGAGCCAAAAGUGGUCCCAUUUAUUUUAUUUUUUUGUGUGUACUAAGUUAUUUUAUUUUUGACCAAAUGUGUUUGAUCAUACAAUCAAAUCCCUGCAAAAUGUUACGAGUUUGUUGUGCUUAAGAUCCCGGACUGCAUCUUUAAUUUAUGAAAUUGUGAUUUGAGGUGCAUUUUGGAUUAUUCCGAUGUUGGUGACUGUUUUAAUAUGAAUCGUCAUCUCCAUAAUUUUCUAAAUGUGUUAAAUUUAAAUCUCUGGUAGACAUAAAAUGCAUUACAUCCCAUGUUUGUCUGCUACAGUGCCAGUUACAUAUGGGUGCAUGCGUGCGCACACCCAUACCUGAGUCAGUUACAUAUGGGUGCAUGCGUGCGCACACCCAUAUCUGAGUCAGUUACAUAUGGGUGCAUGCGUGCGCACACCCAUAUCUGAGUCAGUUACAUAUGGGUGCAUGCGUGCGCACACCCAUAUCUGAGUCAGUUACAUAUGGGUGCAUGCGUGCGCACACCCAUCCCCUUUAAUAAUCUUCAUUCUGCAACUUGACUCAGUCAGUGUUUACUGUGUUUGUUUGAUUAUUUAUGGAUACAAAAUAAACUGAAAUAUCACAUUUA